GUACGAGUGGGGCAUUCCGGGAUAAGUUUUCAAUGUCCGGAGAAUUAACGUCUGCUGAUUGAGUGUUGUUUACCUUUUAAGGGAUUUAAUUGAAAGACUUGUAUUAUCAUAUCUUUAAAUUUUAUGAGAUAGAACUUGAACUAAGUCUUCUGAAGAUUUCUUGGAAUUGGAAGGAAGAUGGCUAGAGAACACAAGAUAAAAUAAUCAAACUAUAAACAAGAUGUGAUUUGAAAGAAAUACAUAAGGUAUGAAAAUCCAUGGUUCAUGAACUAUGUAUUGCAGCAAUGUUUCAUAUUAUUUCUAGAAACUUGAGCCAAGAAAAUUGGUGAAGCAUAAAGGGACAUGAUUGAUUAAAAUUUAAAAAAAGAUGACACCAUGGCAUCAUUAGGUGUUUGGAAGGUAUCAAACCCUUUUCCUUCUGGUUUGAGAAAUCCUGGUUUGCAGAAUGGAAGCUUUCUUGAAGUAGCAUCCGCUUCCAAGGAUGGUCUUUCCAUCUCUGAAAGUGGACGCUCUCUUAAAGUUCAAACUGAAGGGCCUCAUCUUGUUAGCCUUGGAGGCGGGAGGCUAAGUACUGCUGUAACUAUUCACCCUUUACCUGAAGGACGUGUUUUUGUUGGGUCCUCCGAUGCUGUUCCUUCUAAAGACAUUGUUAUUGAUGGCCCUGGAAUAGAAAUAGAUCAUUGUUUUAUAGAUAAUAAUAAUGGUCUGGUUACGAUAUACCCACAGUCUGGAGAUGUUUCAAUUGAUGGUGUCUUGAUUACAGAACCUACUUGUUUAUCUCAAGGAUGUAUGUUGACUCUUGGUCGCUCAAACUUUUUUCGUUUUAAUAAUCCUAAAGAAGCUCAAUUAAUGAAACAAGCAUCUCCUGCUCCUCGAAAAGUGCAAGCGUCUUCUAGUUUUGUUCCUGUUCAACCCUCCAAACAUUACCCACCUUUAAAUGGUUCCCAAUCUCUAGGAAAUCAAUACUUAGAGAGUAUUGACUUGGUGGAAAAAGUUUCAAAAUUUGAAUAUAUGUCACACAGUCAACCUGCACCAAUUACAUCUCAAGAUACUCCCAAGUACUUUGUGAAAGAAGGUAUACGGAUUCUUCAUUCAGCUCCACCUGUUAUGCGAGUUCAUAAAGGAUUUUCAUCUGAGAAUGUCAUAAACAAUCCUAGUUCUAUGUCUAGAGUUUACAGUCCUUUGACUGCAAAGCCUGGCUUUUUUACACCUCCUCCUUAUCCUCAACAAACUGUUCCUAAAAUUACUAUGUCACCAAAAACGAAAAGAUUGUUUUCUAAAACACCUGAUCCUGUGACUGGGCGAAAUUCCCCAGCUACAGCCUGGUCUGGCCGUUGCACCCCAAGUUCCCCUUUACCUGGAUGUAGAAGUCAUCAUGUGAGUGUAGAAGAUCUGAAGGCAUGUGAAUUCGAACUGCAUGAACAGCACCGGAAGGCAGUACAAGAAAGACUGAGAGAUCAAGAACAAGAGAAACAAGAAAGAUUACGUUUAGAAGAGAUUUUGAACUUAUGUGCUGAGUAUGAAGAGCAGGCACAGAAAGAACGCAAUGCGAAGCUCAAAGCUACAUCUGAUCCGAAAGAUCCUGCUUCUUCAUCUUCAUCAGGAGAAUUCAGUUCAGUGUCCACAGACUCUUCUGCACCUGCAUCGACUAAUUCUUCAAAUAAUUCUCAGGAUAUUAGCUCUAAAUCAGAUUCAAAUAUUGAAGGUUAUUCUUCAGAAGAUUCAAAGGAUAAAGUGGCUCUUAAGUAUCCUACUUUACCAACCCGCAGUGUUCAAAAUCAAAUGACUUCUAGUGUAAAAAGUAACAGUUCUGGAUAUUCUGUACCAAGUGGAUAUUAUACUGUUCCAAAUAGAAUAAAAACUAAUGGAUCUUUACCUCGUGAUCGAAAUAUUUCACAAAUUUCGCCAGUAGGUGAAGGCCAAGGUUUCGAUCUUCAUGCACCUUUAGAUGGUGUAUCAGCUAAUAGUGGUGCUACAACAUAUGUUAAUCAUAAGGCUUUAAAUUCUGCUUCUUCUGAGGAUGAAUUGUGUGCAAUUUUAGGAAAUAGUUCAGUUUCUAAACUGAGUCCAACUAAUGAACAUGGUCCAAGUAGUCCUUACAUGGGAACUGCUUUUCUAACAUAUCCUCAUUCUCCGAGAACUCGUAUCAAAACCGUUGCUGGUCACCAUGAUAAAGGACCUGAAGUGUAUGAAAAUAAGCAUGCCUUAAAUGAACUUGCCUCAAGGAAGAACUUGACACUGACUCUGCCAGAAACUAAUCAGCCAUUACCACCUGUUGAAGCAAAAAGUGAUGAAUUUUAUGAUAGUCCUAAAUAUUCUAAUGCAAACUAUAAAUUUUCUAAUCAGAGUGCAGUUGAUCUUGAAGAAGAAUUUAAUAAACUUCAAAGAGAAAAACAGCAGUGUUUAGAAACAAUGACUACCAUAAAGCAUAAAGUGUCUGAGCUUGAUUGUCAGAAAAACGAAGUGCUUAAUGAGCUUCAAUUGGAACAUGCACUGAUAUCAGGAGAACUGAAGGAUAAAGAGCAGUUGCAGAUAUUUGAUGGUAAUAAAUUAGCAGAAUUGCAAAGCAGAAAAUUGGCCAUUGAGCAAAAAUCAGAGCUAACGCAUCAAGAGCUUGAGGUUGCAAAGUUGAAAGUACACCAGCAAGAAAAGCUGGUUGAAGAUCUUCAAAAUGAGCUGUGUGCUAUGCAGCAUAAACCAUUAAAUGAAUCUGAGCUAACUGCUAAAUUAGACGAGUUAAAAGCGCAGUCAGAAUUGCUAGAGAUUGAAAGAAAAGGUUUUGAAGAUCUUGAAUUCCAACAACUUGAGUUUCAGGCUCAUGAAGAAGAGGAAAAAGAUCAAUUAAGUCAAGAAAUUGAGUGCUUCAAAGAAACUAUUGCUCAGAGACAGAUACAAUUAAGUGAACUGACUAAGCAGAAGCAAUCUAUUGCUGCACAGAUGGAGCAAGAACAGUUAAAAUGUGAUAAUCAGUUAAAGCUCUAUACUGAGCAAUUGCGUCAAGAAAUUUCUAAUUUAGAAGAAAUUAACAGCAAGCUGAAGGCAUUAACAAACAUUAAACCUGGACGUAGUCCUUGUUCUAGUCCUGAAAGUAGUCCUCGUACAUCUGAAUCAGAUAUGGAGGUUCAAAGAAAUGGUGUUUGGAAUAUGCCACCUCAUGGAACUUUAGUUGAUAAUACAGUUUCAAUGAGACAGCAAUCUGAAAGAGGUGACAACUGCAAUAGUUUCCAUAGUUUUGAAUCUGAAUCAUCUAGUCUUACCAGUUCUGACACAGGAAUAGAAAAUGGACGGCGGUCAGAGGAGAAGACCAAGACUGCUGACAGGGUGACGGAAGCAAACAAGGUGCACCAGAAAGAACGUGCCAUACAAUCUGCAUUUCAAGAUCAUACACCUCUAGUUAAUCAUCAUCAUCAGAAUGGUAACUAUGAAGUGAAACUACGAGACAAGCCCCGGUCACAACGGCCAUUGACUCGCUACCUUCCUAUUCGCAAUUCUGAAUUUGAUUUGCGCCAACAUAUCGAAUCUGCUGGUCACCAGAUUGAGCUUUGUAUUCAUAUUCACCUGACAUCAACCUCUUGUCAUGGCUAUCUUCACAAACUCGGGGGCACAUGGAAAACAUGGAGAAAACGAUGGUUUGUUUUUGAUAGAAUACAGAAAGCUUUAUUGUAUUAUAGUGAUAAAGGAGAAACAAAGCUGAAAGGAGGUGUAAAUUUUAUGGCUAUUGAAGAAGUAUAUGUAGACCAUUUACAUUCUGUGAAAAGCCCAAGUCCACAAUCAACAUUUUGUGUGAAAACCUAUGAUAGAGUGUAUUAUUUGAUGGCUCCUACUCCUGAAGCAAUGAGAAUAUGGGUAGAUGUCAUUUUCACGGGAGCAGAGGGUUAUCAUGAUUUCUUGGGAGAAGUUGAAUGAAAUAUAUGUAUAUAUUGAAUAUUGAAGAUGGAAAUUUGUAAAGAUUGGAACAAGCUGAAACUUUUCUAUUUGGUAUGAGGAGUAAUAUUUUGGUGCCAUUAACGAAUGUAUUGAAGUAAAUCAAGUCAUGCAGAAAGGGUGAAAUACUGUAAAUUAAUGUUCCUUUGAUGAAUAAUAAUAAUCGAUAAAUAGAUGCAGCUGUUACUUUCUUUAUGCUGGAUUCUGUAAUAUUUCUUCUACUGUAAAUUUUGUUUUUGAAUGCUGCUAUACAAAAUAAAAUUUUUAGUGUAUAGAUUUUUCAUAUCUUAUUAUGAAUUUCAAAAUUCUGGGGUAACUGCUUUUGCUGUCAACUUUUUAUUGAUAAUUUUAAAUGAUAUUGGAAAAAUUAGAAUUUUGUACACAUAAAUGUGUAGAACUUCUGAAAACAUUUUUAAAAAUUGAGGCAUAAUUUGAAUCAAAAUUUUGUGCAUUAGAAAUUUUAUGUUAUGAAAACAUAUUUGUAAAUAUAUUUGUAAGCUGAAAAUAUUGUGUAGCUUGAAUACUUAAGCAACAUGAUUAAAAACCCAUGUUGAGGACUUAACAUGGAAACUUGAAUUACUAAAGCAAUGGAAUAUACCUGUUAUUUAUUUUAUUUGUUCAAUAUUGCUUUGCAUUUUUUUAUUGUGAAAUUUCUACAAUUCUUGUUAAUUUUGUUAUACAAUAAAAUCUUGCACCUAGUUUAGUUUUAUGAUACACUUCUUGUGGAAACAGUGCUAGCAUUUUAGCUAAGAAUUGUGUUUAAUAUUGUAAAUAAAGUGCUAAAUAACUUUGCAUUUUUAAUUAAGCUUGUUGUAAUAUUGCCAGUAUUUUUGUCUUUUUUAGUUAAAGUCAUCUUUUUGUUCGAUUAUUGUGUAAUUACUGUGUAUUUUGACUUUAAAGCAUGUUUCUUUAAUUUAAUAUAUGCUUAUGUUUUUAAGCAAGAACAUACAUUUUUCUUAAGUUGAUAUUCUUAAUGUUAUAUAUUUUAAUAUUUAUAAAAAAAUUCAUGAUAUUCUUUGCAAUAUUGAAGCAUGAAUAUAUAAUUAUUUAAGCAUGAAAAAAUUCAUACAUUUAAAAUAAAGUUACAAAUGUAGAAGUAGCUUUAAAUAAAUUUUGGUAUAUAUACAAUAAUUUUAAAGAUAAAAAUGAAGCUAUUUGUAUAGAAAAUGAUUUAUUUGAAAAUUUGAAGCCCGAUCUAUAUAAUGAAGGCUUUUUUGAGUUUAUAGAUGAUGAACUAUAAAUAUUGCAUUUUAUAAAUAAUUAUUUGAAAGAAGAAUUAAGAAAUUUUCUGGAUUCUAUUUGAUUAUGUGUGCUUAUAAACAUGUAUAAAAUUAUCUGUGAAAAAAUAACUUGUUAAUUAUGUUAUAUAGAAAAUAUACUAUCUUAUUGUGAAUUCGCUAUAAUACUUUUCAGGGAUUGCUAGUGAAUCUUUUAAAAAGGAAAUAUUGCUGUAUAAUAUUACAAUUUAAUAAAGUUUAUUUUUUAUCACACAUAAAUAUAUGUAUAUAGAAUAUAAUAAAUGGGUUUUCUAUCCAGGUUAAUUAAGGUCAAAUUAUAUUUGAAAAGUUAGUGUCAUAUUACUAAAAGAGAUACUAAAUAAAAUAUUUAAAAUAAUUUGUAGAGUUCAUAUUUUUUAAAUAUUUUUUUAGGAAUGUAGUUAUUAACCAUUCCAACAAAACUAUUUGGAUUUAAUUCUACGAGUUAUUUAAAUUUUAAGUUAUGAAGAUCAGUAUAUUUAAAAUUUGUCAAUAUGUUAAACAAUUGCAAUUGUUGAAUUAUGCAGUUAUAUUCACAUGGUUCCAGAUUUUUGUUACAUCAAUAAUUUUUGAAGAUUUCUUUUAAGUAAAUUCGCCUUUCAUUUUAAAUAUAUAGAAAAUUUAUAUUUGCAUUUAAUUUUUCUAAUAGUUUAUUAGUUAUUAUUUUUCAUCUUUAAUUAAGCUCUAGAAUAUUCCAAAGUAACUUUAGCAUCAAAGAAGUUCAAAGACAGAAGACCCAUUCUAAAAACCAAAAGUUUCUAAUACAAUAGUGAAUUUUACUGUAGAAUAAAAUACUAUAUGCACAUUUAAUACAGCUUGUGAUAGAAGUCUCUUAAUGAAGACUGAACAGUUGUAUGAAAUAUUUUCAAAGCCAACUAUAUGAAUUUUAGAGCUGUAAACAGGGCUGGUCUUAAGCAUAUUGGGCAUAUUUGUAAGCUUCAAAAUGUUCUUUGAAACUGUAUCAAAAUUUAUAAAUUCGUUCAAUAUGUAUUUAUGUUAGUAAUGUUCUAUAAUUAAGUAAUUAUAGAAUUUUUUUAAAACAUAUUACAUAACUAUUAUUUUCAUAUAUGUAUGGAGUGACGCUACUAGGAUUUUGCAUAGAAAAUCUAAGCAUUCAUUGCUCUCAGUAUGCAAGACUGGCUCUGAUUAUAAAGUGCUGUUGCAUGCACAUUGUUUUGACAUCGAAAUGUACUGAGAUAUCGUAGAAUAACACCCAGUAGAUAAUUUAAAUAAAUAUGUUAUUAUUAUAAUAUCUUGACAAUCUGUAUAAAUUAUCCUAAUGCAAAACAUAAUGAAGUGGUUCGGGACUUUUUUUAAUUUUUUUUUUUAAUGAUGAUAGUGGGGAAUUUAAGAGCUUUGCCAAUGCUAACAUAUCUCUUGAAGAAGCUGAUUUAUAAAAAUCAUAAGCUCAAAGCAUCAUUGCAGAUUUCGAAGAAAUAGAAUUUUCCUACUACCUCUUGUGUUACAUAUUUUUUAUAGAGUUCCUUUACAUUUCUACCAUAUAAGUUUGUAGAUUUAAUAGCUUUUUCAUGAAUUGUCUAAUGUAUAGGUGCUAUAUGAAAAAAAUUAUGUGAGAAAUUUUAAAUAUAUGGAAUUCUGAAUGAGACCUGCUUCUUUGAUUCUUAGAUUUAUUGUUACUUUUUUCCUUGUACCGUCCUAAAUAUUAUCUGUAGUAGCAUAUCAUUAAAAUUUUUCACUACUAAAUCUCUGUUGAAGAGUUACAUUAUUUGAGCUUUCUAUCUUUGCAUUACUAUGUUUUGUAGAUCUAUAUAAACUGACGAUGUUCGUUUCAUUAACUAAAAAAUCAGCAAAUCAGUUUCUUAAGAAUUCUUUAUUAUUCCAAAUAUGGACAAACAGGGAAAGGGAUAUAUUCGAAUCUAAAACAUGCUUUUUGCAAACUCUUCAUUUAAUUUUGUGAAAAUAAUAAUAUAGUUAAAAUUAUAAUCAUCAUUUGAACAUGUAAAAUUAUAUAUAUAUUAACAAUAAUUGUUUAACGUGUGUGGCUUAACAUUCGUUUCAUAAAACUAUAAACGAUUUUAUACUUAACAAACAUCCAAAAUCUAUAGUUUCUAGUUCUCAAUCAGAAUUAAAUUAUUGCAAUUAAGUUUUUCAAAUAAAGUAUCUUCUGAAUAAUUACAUUUUUCCUUGUUUUUAAAAUAUUUUAAUACUUGUACUUCUAGGAUAACAUAUAGAAACAAGGAUGUUUUUUUUUAAUCAAAUAGAUUGAUAGACCCUAAUUUUAGGAGAAAAAUUAAAGAUUAGUUAGAAUCAUUGUGGAGUCCAAACAUUCAUUGAUUCUCAGUGUUGAAAAUUUCAUUAAUCUUAUUGUUUAAAGAUUUAAAAACAACUUAAUAAUGGCAUAUUUACAUACAUAAUUUUUUAUUUGUUUCCAUCUGGACACUACCUUGUAUAUCAAUUACAUUAACAAAGGAAUCUUAUUUGCAAAGCUAAUUCACACUAAUUAUAAUUAAAAUUAAGAGACUUAAAACGAUAAAUUUUGCCAGACAUUUUACGAUAAAUUACCAAAAACUGAUUUUAAGUUAAUUGAGAGGAUGCGAGUUUAAUAAGCUGUGCAUUGUACAAUGCAUAUUCAGAUAAGGAAUGACUUUAUAAAAGGGUUUAGAUAUUUAUUAAUUAAAUAAAAAGAUCUUCAAAAAACUUUGACUUUUUUAUUACUUUUACAUUUUGUCAAAAAAAAAAAAAAAAAAAAUGUAAUAGUGGUGCCACUACUUUUUCUUAACCUAUUCUGUGAUGCAUGAAAUGGUGUGUAUGUUAAUCUAUUGUAAAAGUGUGUUACACUCAAGUCACAGAGUGGGUUGUAUUUAAUGUAACAACCUGCGUGCCUUUUGUAUAAUUUGAUAUUGCCACUAUUCUAGAAUUUUUAUGAAUGUUACAAGGCUAAUGUUAACAUUUUACGAUAAAAAAAAUUCUGAAUAUUGAUUAAGACACACAAAACUUUAAGGCAAGAUGCUGGCUGCAACAAUUUUUUUCUUCUACUGAACUCUGCUAGUGCAAAUUUUUUAUAAAAAGAAGUGGUGAAAUUUUUAUAUAGAGUGAUUCAAAACUCCACACAAGUUUUAAAGCAAAUCAAAAUGAAAUAAAAAUAAUGUCCAAGAAUAUUCGAUUCUAUAAUGUUCAAAGAAGAUUGAUGAAGUUAAAGAAUUUGAAAUAAAUAUUGCCAAUGAUUUUUAUGAAUUGUACGUUUUCAAAUGGAUUGGUAUUAAUUUUUAUUGAAUAUAUACUCUUGUAACUGUUUUUAUUAAAAAGUUUAAUGCUGCAUCAGGAUUUGUAUGAUUUCCAAAUAGAGUAAUCAAAACUAAAUAUUUUUGAAUCUAAGUAUGAUUUUUUAUUUUAUUUAAAUUUAAUGAAAUAAUCAGAAAUUUUGCAUGUGAAAUUUUGAAUCAUGGAUUUUGUAUUAAGCUAAAGAUUUAUACUAGCUAUGAAAAUAUUGCAUUUAAAAUAUGGAACGAAUGUAAAUGAUUUUAAUGAAAGAUUAAUUAUUUCCGUUAGGCAGCAACAGAAAUGUGCAUAUACUGCAAAUUGAGUAAUUUUUCACCCACUUUGCAGUGCAAAGCAGUUGCACUUGCAAAUAUUUGCCCAUACUUUGGCUAGGUUGGCAGAAAAGUGACCAUUUUUUUCCCAGCAUUUUGUUUGCUGAUAACUGCUGUCAGAUGCAAUGGGAAAUUGCUGUACUUCUUUAUUUUAAAAUUAUUUUGCAUGGUUUUGAAGUUAUAACUAUAAAUUUUAUUGGCAAAAUAAAUCAUUGACAUUGUGAAUGCAACAUUUGUCCUUUUAGUACUUUUUUAAUUUGUAUUUAUUGAGAUAACUAUGUACAUUCGAAACUAUUUUUUUUUACUGGAUAUCUGCGAUUGUAGAAUUUGAAAUUAUUAAAAUAUUGGAUUGAUCUUAAAAUUUUCAUAAAGACUUAAAUUUAACAAAUUUCCAAAAUAAUAAUUUUUUUUUGUUGCAAGUUUAUCAAUAAAUAUGUUUUGUAUUUUUUAAAAUUUAAAAUUUUUACAGUUGAAAUAUUUGGCAGUAUAUUAUGAGUGAUGCAUAGUAUUGACUAAAAUCCAACAGGUUGCUUUAUUACAAAGAAGAUAUGUAGUUAUCUUUCUAUGCAUGAAAUUUUGUAUUUCUUUUCCAUUGUGUAGAUCUGUAGCACAUGUGUAUGUAUAUAUAUUUUAGCUAUAAAUUUUUUUCUCAUUAAUGAAGGAACUAUAUUUAUCAAUUUCAGUGCUGCUCAGAUCUAUGUUGUAUAUUCAUAACUUUUGUGUUAUAUUUUUAUGAAGUUAUUAAUUUUUUUUCUAAAAAUUAAUGUAUUUUAGCAUUAGUUGUUAAUAGAAAUCCAGUUUGUGUGACACAUAUGAUCAACUUUUGUUAGUAUCUUCCAGAUUUUUUUUUUAGUUGUUAAUGUUUAUGUAUUAUGUCUUAGAGCGUGGGUUCCCAAACUAUGUGUCUUGAAUUGGUUUUUAUGAGGAUAUGCCAUAAUAAGAUCUUGAAUGUAUACAUAUUAUGUCACAAUUUGCAAAAUUAUGACUUACAUAGCCUUAAUGUCUUCAUUAAGUCAUGUGGUAAGGACGACAACAACAACAAAAAAAGGUGAAGAAAAUUAAGUGCAUUAUGCAAAUAAGCAAUUUGUGUCAGUUUAAACCACAUUCAAUUAAUCAAAAUCUCAUUUUUACUGUUAGUUUUCAUUUAAGUUUACUUAUACAAUAAAUUUGAAAUGGUUCAAUAUCAUUCAUUAUUAAAUACAUUAAAUGCUUAUACAAAAGUGGCUUUUUGUUAUAUGACACCUCUUUCAGAUUACAGAGAGAUUGUGUAUUGCUUUUUUUAAAAAAAUAAUUUAAUGUGUCAAGAAUAAAGUGGGUCAUUUUGAAUUCUGUUUCUGAAAAUUGAUCGACAUGUUUAAAAGGUUGGGAACCCUUUUCUUAGAGUAUUGUUCAAAAGAAACCACCCUGCCAUCCUGUUGUCAAAGUAUAUUUAACUAAACCUUUGAAAGCUUAAUUGAAAGGCAUUGCAUUUUUUCACCAACAAUUAUAUACAUUUGUUACUCUUAAAAUGAUUUCAGAUGCUGAAAUUUGUGUUUUUAAUUUUUAUUAGUUAUAUUAAUAAAUAGAUAAGAAUCUGAAAUCUUUUGAUUUUUUAUAUUUAGAAAGUUAGUUGUAGUUCCUAAUUUAAGUUUGGAUUUUAUUGUAUUACUAGAUACGUGACUAUAUUGCUUAUACACGAUUGAUUCCAUGAAGUGUUAUUGUGGAGGACAGAUGAUUUUUCUUUACAAACGAUGAAUUUUUUUUCUUUGUUUAGAAUUUAAGUAAUAGAAACUCGUGUUGUUCAUAUUUGUAUUUAGUUUUUUUUUUUUUUUUGAAAUUUUGUUUGUUAUAAAUUUGUUUUAUUAUUUCAUCAUUGUGAAUAUUAUAUGAAAUAAAAAUUCAAAAAUUUGA